GUUCAAAAUCCCUAGGAAGGCACAACCUUAGCCAACAACAAAGCAAAGCGAAGCAUGGGUUUACUGUGGUGGCGAAAGGGGAAUAAACCCCAACCCCAACUCCAAGCUAAGUCAUCGUCAAUUCCGAAGUCGAACGGCACAGACGCAACGAAACCCCUCACCGAGGCCCCAGGGAUGAACGGCGCCGUGGAGGUUCCCCGUCCCCCGAACACCACCGUCUCGAUUUUUGAGUUCGGCUCUGUCACCGCCUCCAACGACCAGGUCACGCUCGCCGGCUAUUGCCCCGUCUCCGAAGACCUCGAGCCCUGCCGCUGGGAGAUUCUCCCCGCCGUUCAGUCUAACGCCCCCCAGUUUCGCGUAGUCUUUUGAUACCCAACUUUUUAUCUCAUCCUUCGCCGCUUAUGGAAUGUACUUUUUGCUAUAAAACAUUCGAGUUUAAGGGAAAUUCGCAUUUUUCUUAUUGUUAAUGUUAUGUAUCUCUUUUCUUUUCGCCUGUUCAGUUUCUUACUCCCAAUAUAAGAUACUGUUAUGUUCCAUUAA